UAGAAGAGCAUGAAUUGGUAAAAGUAGAAGAGCAUGCCCGAAAUGUAGCACCAAUCAGCAAAGCUAGAGCACUAGAUAAUGGUCAACGGGUGAGGAAGUGUAAGUCCAAAGGCGUUUUGCAACCUUUAGCAAUAAAAUACAACGCGAAUACGCAAACAACCAGAAAUAUUACAUCCCAUAAUUCGUCAAAUAUCCCUGUGCCACCGAGGAUUAAGGUUUCCGAUGAUGUCCUUCUUAUUGGUACAGCAUAUAAUAGUCUCGUUGUAACCAAUGAAGCGGUUCUUCAAGCUAUUGUCAAGAUUCUUCUCCCAUCAAAGCAUCGAGUGCCGGCGCUUUGUCUUGUAAUAGAUGGCAAAAAACAAAAAGGAUCAGACCGUUUUGAUGCUACUGGAAAUCAAGUAAGGAAUUUUGGUGCUAAUGAGUUGGAAACCUUAGAUAAGAUCCUUGAGGUGGAAGAUGAAGAGUUUUUACUAAAUAGACGAUACGUUUAUUGGUCAAAGGACCUUAAAAAAAUGAUGAAUUAA